AGAGGUUGCAUUUUGUCUUAUCUUAUGAAAUAUGAUUGUUUUCUUUGUCAAAUAAAAAAACCUGACACGGUACGCAAGGUUUCAGUUUCAAUACUAUAUUUUUAAAUAUAUCGCCCGUUGAUAUGGUUCCGUUCCUUCUAAAGGGUUUGAAACUGUUCAAUUCAAGGUUGAAGUGUAAUUUGAACUGUAAAAAUAUUAGUGACAUUGCAAAAUUCUCCAAAGAGUAUGAAUACAACGCUUGGAUACUGGGAUAUUUCGGUAGUUCCGAGGAAAAGUACACCACUUUUCCUAUUUUCCAGCCUAAUAACGACUUAAACUUGCAGGAUUUGCACAAACGUUCCACAGUCGAAUUGGCCAAUCUGAUAGCCGACAGGAAGUUGAAAAAGAGACUGGUGGCCCUCGUAGAUUUUGAAUUUAGCGAGAGGCUGAACGAAAAAACUCCAAAGAAAGAACUUUUGAGCGUAUUACACUCUCUGGCAUCCAACUAUAAACAAUUUGAUUUGGUUUUCCUUAAAAAAGCUAUUCCUCACCUCGAACGGCAUAUCAAGGAAGGAAACUUUUCUAUCUACGAACAGAUACAAUGUAUGUAUUACAUCAGCAAAUACGGUUCAAAGCCGCUUGGAAAACGUAUUUCGUCAUUGGUGUUGGAAAAGGUUACGAAAAAACAAUUAGAUAUAUUAAACGAAAACGACUUGGCCAUAUUUUGCCUUUCUUCAUUCUCUUCCGGCGUAAAUUUGGCUGAUACCGGAAUUCCGAGUUUUAUCGUGAAACAAAUCUCGAAAGAUUUAACUGAUACAACUCAGGAUUCGCUGUUUAUUUUCAGGUUGAUCUGUUUCAUCAAGUGUCUGCGGCAGGCGGAGCAUUACGAUGACAAUCUUUUCACCCUCUUAGCAAGAAAGUUGAUAAACGGUGAAUGCAACCUGAGGAAUUUACCUGUGACGACUAUGGUUCAUUUGUUACAAUAUUACUGUAACGGUCUGUACGCUGAUGUUGAUUUUAUUUUAUGGGCGGUUAGGGAAUCGGUCCAACAAGUAGAAUCAAGUUUCAAAACGAGAAAGAGGGUUCGAUUGAAGGAUUUGAACAAUUUGCUCUAUUCGGCAAGCAGAUAUUGCUGUAAAGAAAUCAACGAGGUGUUUCAAAAUUCAUCCAUACCGAAUCAUGUCUAUUAUACUUUCAAAGAAAACAAAGUACCACCGAAUAUGAUGGCAAACAUACUUCUUUCUUUAUGGAUAGCUGAAUGUGACGUAAAAGAUGCUGUCGUUGAAUUUAUAACAGAAAACAAUAUAAACUUGAUCAAAGGUAACGACAAUUUUAAGGAUUUUGCAAAACUCAACCUUUUUUUGACGUGCAUUCGCUUCGAGUCUCCGAAUCUGCUCGGAUUCGAUGUAAAAAAUGCGCAGAGCUAUCAUCUCCAACCUAGAAGGGAGAAAUAUCUCUUGAAAAGGCCUCAUUUAAAAAAAAUGUUGGAAUUUCUUGCAAAAAACGGUCAUAUUUACGGCCUGACUGAUAUCCGAUUCGCAUUCCAAGUCCCAGGUCUGUACAUCGGUGGAAUCAGAGCGAAUCACCUGAGUGGCAAUUUAGAUAUCGAAGUUAUCGACAGUACUGUUUGUUUAAGAAAGUCAAAACAGCCCAAUGGAAAUAUGGUAUUAAAAUUGCGACUACUGAAGAAAAUGAACCACAAUUUUAUAUCUUUGUACCUGAAUAAUGCAGACUGCUUCGACCAAAACCUUGAAAGUGUUGAACACCAAUUGAAAACAGCUCUUUUAUGAUUAUAUGUAGAAUCUUGAAAAUGCGAUAAUUUAUUAUGAUUUAUUGAACAUACGAGACUUUUCGAUUGCACAGGAGUAACAAAAAAACAGAGUAAGAUAGAUAGGUUUCAUCAAUAACAGAGAGAAAAUUUGAGGAAUUAGGAAAUAAAUCGUACAUGAGUCAAAUAGAGGAUCUUUCUAUCCUCAAUUUUU